CAUCCUCCCUACUAUCUUCCGUCUCAUCACUUCGUUCUGAACACUAUCUCCUCGUUUCACCUACUAAGACGUCCUCUUCAGCAGCCAUAGAAUAGAGAAACUUACUGGUUCACGACGAUGCUGGGGAAGAUGAGGGAGUUGCAACACUUGGUUUGCGUCUUCUUCAUCUCUCUCAUGGCAAUCUGCCAUGUCAAGAGCGUCGUCGCCUCGGACAAGAAGCAAACCUACAUCGUGCACGUCCAGCAAGAUCUCAUGCCAACAAGCUUUUCUAGUCCCGAUACGUGGUAUCUAACAAUGCUUGACUCGGUGUCUGAUAAACCAGAUAACAAAACUAUCAUCUACACCUACUCCACUAUCCUGCAAGGCUUCUCCACUUCACUGACGGCGACGGAAGCAGAGUUCCUGAGGGAGAAGUCCAGUGUCCUGGCCGUGCUCCCAGAGAUGGUGUACGAGCCAGACACGACGAGGACACCAUCCUUUCUCGGGCUCAAUGGUCGAGGCGGCCUGUUGACAAGAUCUAAAGAAGGGGACAACGUCAUUAUUGGGUUGCUCGACACAGGCAUUUGGCCGGAGAGCAAGAGCUUCAAUGAUGGUGGACUCGGCCCGAUCCCAUCCAAGUGGAAGGGCUCGUGCAAGGCCGGGACAAAUUUUAAGGUGAGCAACUGCAACAGGAAGCUGAUCGGUGCCCAGUUCUUUUCCGCUGGUUACGAGGCCGCAAACGGCCCAAUCAACGAGCAGAGCGAAUCAAGGUCGCCGCGGGACGACCAAGGCCAUGGGACACACACGGCCAGCACGGCCGGUGGUGCUGCUGUGCGGUACGCAAGCAUGUUCGGCUAUGCGCCUGGGACUGCUAAAGGGAUGGCGACGAGAUCCCGCAUAGCUGCCUACAAGGUGUGCUGGCUCGGGGGCUGCUUUUCGUCGGACAUACUCGCCGCCAUGGACAAGGCCGUUCGCGACGGAGUGGACAUCCUGUCGCUCUCCCUCAGCGGCCCCGCAAAGAGCUUCUACCUCGAUAGCAUUGCCAUCGGCGCCUUUGGUGCAGUGCAACUCGGCAUUCUGGUUUCUUGCUCCGCCGGCAAUUCCGGUCCCUCGCCCUACUCCGUUCGGAAUGUCGCCCCAUGGAUCACGACCGUCGGGGCAAGCUCCAUUGAUCGUGACUUUCCAUCAUACGCCAUCCUUGGCAAUCGCAAGAAUUACGUCGGUCAAUCACUCUAUGGUGGCAAGUCCUUGACGAGCAGGCCAACCUUGCCAAUAGUUUAUGCUGGGAAUGCCAGCAACCAUUGGACCGGCAAAUAUUGCCUGAGCGGGUCGCUCAGUUCCGCCGAGGUUGCCGGGAAGAUCGUUCUCUGCGAAAAUGGAUUGGCAUCUGUUCUUCAACAGGGUCUUGCUGUUAUGGCCGCAGGUGGCGUUGGGAUUAUCGUGGCCGGCGUAGAGGAAGAUGGUUAUCAACUUCUAGCUCAAGCACACUUCCUCCCGACUGUGACCGUGAGCAGCAAAAAUGGAGAGGCGAUCCUUAGAUACAUCCUGUCCAACCCAAGGCCCACAGCCACCAUCAUAUCCAGGACGACAAGAGUCGGAGUGAAACCCUCUCCGGUGAUCGCCAGCUUCUCCUCGCGUGGCCCAAAUCCUAUAACGCCGGAGAUCUUGAAGCCCGAUGUGAUUGCACCGGGCCUGAACAUCCUUGCUGCUUGGUCGGGAAACAGUGGACCAACAGGAAUGGCCGAAGACAAACGCAGAGUCGACUUCAACAUCAUCUCAGGCACCUCCAUGUCCUGCCCUCAUGUGAGCGGCCUGGCUGCACUCCUCAAGGGCGCAUAUCCUAACUGGAGCCCAGCAGCCAUCAAAUCGGCUUUGAUGACCACAUCCUACUCUGCCUACCCCAAUGGGCAGCCAUUACUGGACUCGGCGACAGGGAAGCCAUCCUCGCCAUUGGUUCAUGGGGCGGGACAUGUCGUUCCACAACAGGCGCUGAAUCCAGGCCUCGUGUAUGACAUCACGGCCAAUGACUACCUGAACUUUCUUUGCGGGAUUGGGUACACGGAGCAACAAAUCGCGGUGGUCGCUCGACGGAGAUUCACUUGCAAGAAGGGAGUAGUAGGAGGUGGCCUGAACUACCCAUCUUUUGCGGUGCAAUUCCCUGCAGCGAAAACAACAACCGUUAGUUUCAUGAGGACGGUGACCAAUGUGGGAGAACCACUGUCGAGGUAUUCCGUCUCCGUCUCAUCGCCUUACCCGGUGAAGACAGUGGUGCGUCCACAGGUGCUCCAAUUCAGAAGAGUGGGAAUGAAGAUGAGUUACAGUGUCACCUUCACCUCUACCACCUCCUUACCACGUGGUACGUUUAAAUUUGGGUACUUGGAGUGGUCCGAUGGGAAACACCGAGUCCGCAGCCCCAUCGUCUUCACCUGGGUAUAAGAGACUCUCUCUCUAGCCCGCCUGAUGUCCUUGUGUGGUCUUCUUGCCUCGUUUCCACGUAUAUGUGGCGA